UCAACUCUGAAACUUACAGUCCAGGCUGCAUGUAGAGAGGAAGUGUCCGCGUUUCAGAAGUAGGGGGUACCUUUACCACUCCUGAGUCAGAUGUUUGGGUGACUUGGGUUUGGGCUGGCGGACUACACGCUUGAGUUCAGCGUUAAAGGAGCUUUGCGAGUGACCCAACUGAGUCUGUCGUCGCCGUCUGCUCUGCAUUCAAACAGUCCGCCGCCUGGGAAGGAGACAGGUGUUGGAAUGAACCGGUCCAGCUGGGAUAAAAAAGCCCCUAAGCCUCCAGUCACCAGGAUGACCCGCAGCUCCAGCUCCCAGGCCAGGCACACAGUCCCGGCAGAGACCCAGGACUCUGGACCUGGUCCGUAUGGCAAACUACGAAAGAAGCAGACGGGCUCUGCUCUGGCCCAGGACCUCAGUCAGAUGAGUGUGAGCGGGCAGGACGGUUUACCUAUAAGUAAUGGAAAGAUGUCCAAAGGCACGAGUGACCCUGUGCAGGCUGAUCAGUCCUCUGGGUCCAGAUCUGAUGAGCACAGUCUGUCUGCGUGUGCUGCCAAGUCAUCAUCCCGGGGCGGUCUGGCCUCUGUGGCUCGGCUGGUGAAGCUCGGCCGCUGUAAGAAUGUGGUGGUGGUGGCCGGAGCAGGAAUCAGCACAGCCAGCGGCAUCCCAGACUUCAGAACUCCAGGAACAGGUCUUUACGCCAAUUUGGAGAAGUACAACAUCCCUUACCCAGAAGCUAUUUUCAACAUCGACUACUUCUCAAACGACCCGCAGCCUUUCUUCUCCCUAGCCAAGGCUCUGUAUCCCGGCAGCCACCGACCCAACUACAUACACUACUUCAUCCGGAUGCUUCAUCACAAAGGCCUGCUGCUCCGAAUGUACACCCAGAACAUUGACGGGCUGGAGAAAUUGUGUGGCAUUCCAGAUGACAAACUUGUGGAGGCUCACGGUAGUUUUGCUACAGCUUCCUGUCACCUGUGCUACACUGCGUACCCUGCUGAGGAGGCUAAGCAUGCUAUAAUGAAUGACAACGUCCCCAUAUGCACCUUCUGCGCUGCAACAGUCAAACCUGAUGUUGUGUUUUUUGGAGAGGACCUUCCUCAGAAGUAUUUCCUCCACACUAAAGACUUCCCCAAAGCGGACCUGCUGAUUAUAAUGGGCACGUCUUUACAGAUCGAGCCAUUUGCCAGCCUUGUGAACACUGUGCGCUCCACUGUUCCACGUCUCCUCCUGAACCGACACGCUGUGGGUCCCUUUGAGAAGGUCCCACGGCGAAGAGGAGACCACAUGGAGCUGGGUGAUCUGGAGGAUACAGUACGGAGGUUUGCAGAGAUUCUCGGCUGGAGCGAUGAGAUUGAAGAGCUGAUGGGGAGUCAGGAAACACUGAGCAUCCCUACUUUAAUAAGCAACCCUCUGUCGGUUAGUGUUCAGACACCUUGCCAGAGCAGAGGAGCUUCAGAGCCUCCAGGUAGGAUGGAGACGUCCAGACCAGGAGCUCAAAGAGUAGCCAGCAGCGGCAGCGAGGAGACUGACUCGGAGACGGACAGCAAGAGCUCUGCAUCAUCCAAUCUGAGCAACUGAGUCUGUACAUUUCAUAAACGAUGGCACUGGAAAGGUUUGAGUUUCUACUCUCCUUAUUUCGCACUAAGACUGUUCUCCUGUUAACUGUAUACAUGUUACUGUUUAUCUGGUAAAGUUCUGGUAGUGGCAAAAUGUUUUUUGUUCUUAUUACCUCUUCAUCUGAGAAUCAAGUGCGUCAUGUUUAUAUGUAAAUCAAAAAAUCAUAUCUAAUACAGUUUAUCAACCUUCAACAAACAUUGAAAGCACUUAUUAUCGAGGGAGGAUCCAUCUAGAACACUAGUAAAUAAAUGAGCCAUGUAACAAAAAUCGUUUUAUACGUCUCAUGUCAGUAAACUUGUUAAUGUUGUUUUAUAUCAGCACGACACUGUAUCUUAAUAAAAGGAUUACGUAUUUUG